UUCCAAUUUAAGUUAAAGAAAAACAGAUUAAUUUGUAAAAAUCGAAUCCGCUCAUUGUAAGGGAAGUCACUCUAUUGUCAGUCAUAGUAAUGGACAUUUUUGUGCAGACUGAAUAACAGGUUUAGUAAUCACAAGCUUGGAUUAGGUACACUGCAAGCAUGUUGCGAGCAGCCUUGGUGUAUACUGACUGGAGUCAGCUAUUGCAGGUGUGGGCAAGGGCUCAACACAAAGUUGUGUCGCGCUCGCUGUAUGUCUGCCCAGGGUGCAAACGCCAGCUGUCAGCACUGAGGCUACAAAAGUCACUUGACAAGAAUAUCUUUUUAGCACUGUUGGCAGUACCCAGCCCAGUGUUCAUGCUGUCGUCUGCAUCCUACAGUUAUAAGACCACCACAGCAUGGGUGCUUCAAAAGCCACAUAGCAGAGAUGCCUUUCUUUCAUUAUUGCCUGCUCCUGACCAGAUAUGUAACUUCAACACAUCUUGUAGGUUGCACUUCUGGAAAGAUCUGGUGCAGAACAAUCAGAAAGAAACUCCUUCAGAAUCAGCUGCAGUUGACUUGCAGACCUCCAAUACACAGCUGUCAGGAACGUCAGCUACACCAGUAAAAGACAAAAGUUCUGACAGUGGCACUUCUGCUGGAGGAGGAACCACUGGAAGCUCUGCACCAGAAGUAGAUCAAAAGUCCCAUAAGGUCUUGACAGUGAAACCAAGGCCUCGCAGAUCUGCACCUUUAGACUACUUGUACACUGGUAAUAUCUACAUACUGCCAGUACGGGCCAUGAAUGAGUUCCUGCUCAAACCAAGUGAUUUGGAGGGCUUGGCUAAAUACUACAGGAGAAGCCCAUAUGAUUUUGGCCCCAAGAUUACUGUAUAUCUGCGAUCUGAUGUAGAGGCAGUAGCAAAGAAAGUAUGGGGAAGUCUAGAAAAUGUAGCCAAAGAGAAACAGAAAAUUGCACGAAUGGAACGGGCCUCCAAAAAGUAUGACAUAUUCCACAUCAGGGCAAUCCUGGAUGAAAACAAAACUGAGUCUAGUGUUGGGGAUGAGAAGCCAUAUGCUUCUGGGGAGGAACGUGCGUCAGAAGAGGUUAACUUCUGGAAAUUGGGGUCAGCCAAGGUGGUCAUGUCGGCAGUCUUUGUAAACGGACUGAACAGCAUCCUGAAGUUUUUUGCCUGGAUCUACACUGGGUCGCACAGCAUGUUUGCAGAGUUUGUCCAUUCUGUAGCAGACACCAUGAAUCAGGUCAUCCUAGGUGUUGGGUUAUAUCACUCCAUUAAAAAACCUGAUGUAGUCCACCCAUAUGGCUACAGCAAUCUCCGCAACAUCUCAUCACUCAUCAGCGGAGUUGGAAUCUUCUUCUUUGGUACUGGACUUUCCUUUUAUCAUGGCCUGCAGGGCCUCCUUCAUCCAGAACCCUUGACCUCUUUGUCCUGGGGCAUUGGUACUCUGAUGGGUGCAUUUGUAUCAGAGGGAGCUUCGUUGGUCAUUGCCAUCAAUCAAGUGAGGAAAAGCUCUCAAGCCAUUGGUGUGCCCUUCUGGGAAUAUGUCCGCAAUGGUGUGGACCCCAACGUCAGUGUGGUGCUGCUUGAAGAUUUGGCAGCAGUUGGAGGUGUGACUGUCGCUGGUGUAUGUAUGACCUUGAGCCAGGUCACUGGAUCGUGCAUACCAGAUGUCAUGGGCAGCGUCAUCAUUGGCUGUAUUCUUGGUGGUGUGGCAUCUUUUAUCAUCACAACCAACUCCAGUGCUUUGGUGGGCAAGUCCAUUCCUCUGCACAUUCGUCAGAAAAUCAGUCAAGAACUGGAAGCGGACCGAAUGAUCAGAUCAUUGCAUGAUAUCAAAGCCACACAUAUGGGAGGGCAAAUACGCUUUAAAGCAGAGGUUGACUUUGAUGGAAAGGAGAUCACACGGGCCUACCUUUACAAGCAAGAUUUAGAGAAGUUACUGCUUGAGAUGAAAGAGCUGCAGACAGCUGAUGAUGUGGAAGCUUUUAUGCUGAGGCAUGGAGAACGCAUAGUUGACAUGCUUGGUGAAGAAGUGGAUCGUAUUGAGAGGGAGUUGAAGAAAAAGUAUCCUGCACUCAGACAUGUCGACCUGGAAGCCUUAUGAACAAGUCCACAAAAAGUUUUGGGGUCUCCUCUAUCACAGCUGCCUUCUUUAUGUGUCAGUCAGAGGAAGUAUGACCCAGAUUCCUUUUAGAUAAUAUAGAACUAUAUCAUAAAAGACUAAAAUAUUGAUUUUUUCACUACAUUCUGAUAAAUUGAAGAUGUAUUAUCUUUGUAUUUCUUCUCUUCACUUUCUGACUGUGAUUAUAUGAUGCAUGCACAAUUAACAAUUUAUCAGCAGCUUUACUAGCACAGUGCAGUUACAUAGUCAAAACCUAGUCAUAGCAAAUAAAAAAAUUCCAGUUUAACUGUUUAUUUAUGCUUUCUCCUUUGCAAUAGGUUUAGUAGGUGUACCAAAUCAAAUUGUCCUUGAUCAAAGUCAUUAUUAUUGUCAUCCCUACUUCUAUCUGUUCUGUACACAGUGAAUGUAAAGGUAGUGUGAUCUGGAAGCUUAAUUCACUGUUUUUAUGCUUUCUAAGGAAAGAAUGAAAAGACCUUCGGUUGCAUAUUAUGAAGAUACAAUGCUUUUUAAAAUCUCCGCCAUCAACUUGCAGAACAUAGAUGGGUGGUUAGGGUUAUUGUCUUCAUGGCCACAGUCCAAAAUGAAAUUGCUGGCAGACUGCAAAAUACUCUGUACUGUUGAAUGCAUUCUGAAGAGAACAGCUGCAAUGUUCUUGUGUGUAACCCAUGUUUAUGUUGUACUUCCAAAUAUUAAUAUUUAAUUUAAAAAUGUGGCUAUAAUUGAAAACAUGGUGGUCAGAUAAGAAAUAUGACAAGAGAGCUGAUGCUGACAAGAUCCUGACAAAUAAUGAUGUUAUUUGAAGCUCACAUGUCUGUGAAUACUAGUGUUAUCUGAAGCUGACAUGUCUGCAGAUGUGAAAGAAAUGUAUACAAGUGUAUAUAAGCUUUUGCAUCACUUUUUACAUCAGUGUGUUAAAAGUUGUUGAUAGCUUUCAAAGAUUAUUUGUUUAGAAAGUCUAGUAAUCAGAUACAGAAUUUUUCCAAAUUAUGUAUUAUGUAUAUAUAUUUCAAAAUUAUGAAAAUUUAUUUGCUUGUUUGUAUUUUUGACAUCUCUCAAAGAACUGAUGAGAGAAAAAAGAUUUUUAAAAACUUUGAAGUGUUGUCCUUAUAUCAUGCUUUAGCAUCCACCUCUAGUCUUUUCACCAAUGCUAUCCACUGCCUUUAGACUAGAGACAGUUUGUGACCACAUUUUCCUGUAACACUUAAAAUAUGUCUCUUCAUGUUACACUUAGGUAACUAUUAGUUAUGUUACAGGUAACACUUAAAUGUCGUAUCUUGUCCUUUGAACUGUCAUAAAUAACAAUUGGCUGUGUCACUCUAAGGCAAUACUUACUAUAUGUCAUGUCCUUUGAACUCAGCUGCUUCCCCAUAGUGCUGUUUGGUCUAAUGCUAGUUCAUCAUUGUACAUAGAAAUUUCUGUUAUUAUUUUAGACAUUUAUUUAUACUGGUAAAGUACAAUGCCUCACAGAUGUUAAAAUAAAACCCACCUAAAUAUAUUUAAUACCUUAAUAUGCUUUUUAAUAAUCAGUAAUUAGUAGUGUGAACUUUUGACUUUACAACAAAUACAAACUAAAACUGGAGAAAGGUACAUAUUUUAGCUUUAGAUUCAUGUCAGCUGAAAUGCUUCAGGAAAGUCGACAAGAGACAGUAUGUCACAGCAUAUUCCAGAAGCACUUAAAAUUCAAAUCCACAUAGAUGCUAAAAGUUCAAACAGCAUAUAAGCCAAGAACAGGUUUUCAUAACAAGUCACCAGAGUGGUGAGGCACAAACAAUAGAAUCUCACCAUCUCAGAUCACAACAGCUUUCUUGAGACAUUGUUUAUUCUGAGACCAGUUGUGGAAAAACAAAUUGAAUGAAAGCCAUAACAAGUUGCAAGAAACAGGCAGACAGCUGUGUGCUAUUAAAUAGAUUGUUGGCAGCUCGAGUCUCGAUUAUUAUUAUUAUUUUUUUUUUGUUGCAGUAUUUUCAAUCAUAGCCGAUCAUAGUAACUUGAAGAGAUAAUUAACAUGCAUCUAAAUGCAGCAGUGAGAUUGUGUGAGAUCAAUAGGUAACUUAGAGAAAUUAUCAACAUGUAGCUAUACACAGCUGUGAGGUCAUGUAAGAUCAGUAGAUCACGUGGAGAAAUAACUUGUAGCUAUACAUAGUGGUCAGAUCAUGUAAGAGAGAACAAAAAUAGAACUAUUUCUGACAACCUGUGCUCAAGGAGACUUUUUUUUUUCACUUACAGGUCUGUACAGCGAGUUUCCUUUUUGUGUGUGUGUAUUUGUAAUUUUGCCUUAUUUUAUGUGGUGUAUGGAAGGCUGAAAUUAAAGUUUGAAAUAAAGAUUUAAUGUUGGGCAACAUCA